GCGUGGCGGCCUUCGGUUUCCGUCGUCUUUAUCGCGUCGUCCUCGUCGUCGUGGUUGUCCCCAUCUUCGCCGCGGUCUUUCGUUUUUCGUUCCCGUUUCGAGGCAGAAGGGAAAAGGGACUCGGUUCCCCGUGCACGAUCACGGAGCAGUUCGCCCCGGCGCAAGUAGACCAGUGACAAAAGGGAGACGAAGAUCAAUCGUAUGGAGAUCGGGCAACGUCGAGGUGGGAGAUCCGUAUGCGAGCACGUAGAAUCGUGACAGGUUACGAACACGGAUCGGUCAGUGCUCGAAAGUGGGAGACCGAAACGGGAGGAAGAGAAAAGGAAAAAAGGACGGAAGGAAGAAAAAAGGAGAGAGAAAGAAAGGGAGAGAGAAGGAGUGAGAGAGAGAGGAGUAGUACUAGCGGUAGAAUGAAGCAUCGCGGCGACGAGGAGUAGGGUGACGGCGAGUUGCGAGCAAGGUGGACGGGCCGGGCGGUUAGGUAGCGUAAACGUUAAACGGCCGCGCGUUACAGCCUGUAGAAAAAGAAAUCGUCAGUCGGGUACGACCGCGUGCACAGGAAACUGUCGGCAGGGAUUCGUCGACACUGACUUCUCCUUCCUCUUUUUUUUUCCUCUUCUCUUUUUCCCUCGCACUCCGCCUCUCCUUCAUACUUUCCUCGUUCCGCCUACGUUUCCUAUCCCCCGUUCGUUUUGUUGUUCCUUCUUCGCCUCCCCAUCCGUGUGAUACAACGGGCCCGCGACCACGGAGAGGAGGAAGAAGACGCGUGCCACCGAUGAAGAAAACCGGCGACGAGCAGUCGUUGUUCUUACUCGCGCUCACUCGCUCGUAACAGCGGCGAGCGACUCGAACUGCUUUCGCCCGUUUCGCGACACGGCUACCGAAACAGAUCAUCGUCAUCCGACCGACCGUCGUCGCCUGGACUGCACACGGGGCCCCGAAGAGGAUAAUAGAGAGGAACGGGCGCAGCAUCGCCGUUCCGGUAAUCCGCGCGAACCAGCGGCGUGUCUCUCCUUGCAUGUACCGUCGGCCAGGUGACAGGAAGAGGACAACGGGGCCGUUGGAGGAAAGCUUCUUCUCGAUUGUCGGCGGGGAAGCCGGUAACCUCGGUGUCACAGGACGAUCGUGAGUCGGCGAGGAAACACGCUCCGAGGAGGGAGAACGAGACAAGGAACCACGUAAACGCAGAGCCGAGCCAAGAUGACGAGUAUAGUGUCGGAUCUGGUGCACGGGUACAGGGACCUCAUGGAUAACAAAUCCGAUCCCAGGGUGAAGAAUUGGGCGAUGAUGAGCAGUCCUUUCCCGACGGUGGCGAUAUGCCUCGGUUACGCUUAUUUCAGCAGGGUUUUGGGACCGAGGUUAAUGGAAAACAAAAAACCCUUCACCCUCCGACAAAUCCUGAUAGUGUACAACUUCCUUCAAACUAUAUUCUCCACAUGGAUCUUCUACGAGUACUUGAUGAGUGGCUGGGCAAAAGGAUACAGCCUCCGGUGCCAACCGGUCGACUACUCGAACAACCCGCUAGCAAUACGAAUGGCGGCAACGUGUUGGUGGUAUUACAUCAGCAAGUUCACUGAGUUCUUCGAUACCCUCUUUUUCAUCCUGAGGAAGAAGAAUCAGCAGGUGUCGACGCUGCACGUGAUCCACCACGGAAUAAUGCCUUUCUCCGUUUGGAUGGGUUUGAAGUUCGCGCCGGGCGGCCAUAGCACCUUCUUCGCUCUCUUGAACACUUUCGUUCACAUAAUCAUGUACUUCUACUACAUGCUGUCCGCGAUGGGCCCUCAGUAUCAGAAGUACCUCUGGUGGAAAAAGUACCUGACUACUUUGCAAAUGGUGCAAUUCGUGAUGAUCAUGAGCCACCAGUUCCAGCUGUUGUUCACGGAGUGCAAUUACCCGCGCGGCUUCAUGAUCUGGAUCGGUCUGCACGGCGUGCUGUUCCUGGGUCUGUUCUCGGACUUCUACAAGACGAAAUACGUGGACAAGAUGGCUACGACGAAGAGGCGGAAGCAGAGCUCGCAGAACGGCUCGGCGGGCGGGCUCUGCAUGCCGGUGCUAGAGGAGGACUCGACGCCGCGGCAGAACGGCGUCUCGUCUUACGCGACGAUCUACAACAAGGAAUACAACAGUUGUUACAGCAACGGCACCAACAACGGUUACGUGGCCAACAACAACACGGAGAAGAAGCUCGCUUAGGACAGUAUGCGGCGGCGUCUGGUUGUGGGAGACAAGCUCGGGACACCGAAUCGAUCGCACGAUACGCAAUAUUUAAUAAAUCCAUUUAACGCGGCUCGAACCCUCGGCGGCGGUCGGCGAUGAUCGCGCGGCAGCGGUUCCGAUCGCCGGACGAACGGGGAGGAAACUCUCCUACGUCGACGGCGGUUCGCGGUUCUCUGUGUUCAGGCGCGCGUGUUCGGAAGCCGGCCGCGUCCGGUCCGCGCGAGAGGACCACGACCAGUCGCGCGCAUGUUCGAUCAUCAUCGGCUAAAGGAGAAGAAAAAUAAAGAAACGCUUCGAGCACACGCUGUUUUUCUCAUUCGUCAAAUAAAAGAAAAGAAAAGAAAAGAAAAUAAAGAAAACCGUCUUUAACCGAGCUGACGCGGGACAUUGUGUUCGCGUUCAUCGUCCUACCGAAUGGGGAUUAUCGCCGAGAAAAGGGGGUUGUUACACGUAAGAACUCUAUUAUCGAAUAAAAUUUAAUCAUCGUCACCAGCGGGGAAGAAGGGCUCGUCUUGCACACACAAGCAUACACUCAAACACACACACACACACACAUACACACAUACCGAUCUUUUGUCUAAAAAAGAAAAUAAUUACA